CAAACUAGAUCUCCAUAUUUAUAUAUACUAGGAAUUCUUAAGGUUUGAUCAUGGAGAGAUCAUGAACUGGACAGACAGCUUGUAUUUCUUUUUGCCUGGUUAUGUCUUUUCCCCGACUGACGAAGAGUUGGUCCGUCAUUAUUCGAUGAAGAUGAUCUUGAAUCAGCCUCUUUCGUGGCCCAAUAUCAUCCAAGAUCUUGAUAUAUACGAGUACAGUCCAAAGCAACUCAAUGAUAUGUUUCAACGGAAAGAGUACGAGAGAGAAUUGUAUUUCUUCACCCCAAGGAAUAAGAGGUACCGAAAUGGCAGCCGUCCGGCCCGUUUUGCUGGCAAGGGAUUUUGGAAGGCUACCGGAGGAGAUCGUCCGGUCCCAAAGGACAGUCCCACUAUUGGGUACGAGAAGGCACUUGUCUUUUAUGAAGGGAAACCCCAAAAACGUCCUACCAAAACCAACUGGAUCAUGCACGAAUACAGACUACUUUCAAAGAAUAUUGAACCGAAUGUUAUUAAUCCGAGGACUGCAACCAAGGCAACUGGUGCUCCCGACGGCAACAUGAAGGUAUAUACAUCUUUUAUAUAUACAGGGUAAUACAAUCCUAGAUUGUGCAGUGCAUGUAAAAUUUUUAAGAAAAAGUAGUCAUUAUUAAAAAAAUAAAAUUUUUAUGUGAGUUCUAGAUUUAUUUUUAUUUUUUAAAGGAAAUAUGUAGGGACUGUAUAUUCUAGAAUUGCAAAUAUGAU